GGGAAAGUGUGAUGCACCCUUGUGCCUAUUUAAAGGGCCAACUAUAAAUAGCGCGGCCGCAGACGCAGCGUACGCAUGCUCAUGUUUGAUUGGGAAUCACAGCGCCCCAAGUCAUAGCUUGGGGCAUCUGUCAAAGCAGAGACACAACUUUGUCUAUGCUGACAUCCACUUCAAAAAGGUUUAUUUUUUUGCUGGGAGAACUUUUUUCGACAUGAGUUCACGGCGGACAACGGCACGCUCCUUAUCGGCCAAUGGAAUACCCAACCAUGGGAAUGGGAGCAAUGAGAGCAGCCGGCCCGGAAGCUGCAGUUAUAUCACCAACGUGAGGCCGGAGAACAGGAGCACACUGUUUAACAUGAUAUCACAACUGACAGAGGACCAACAACCAAGCUUUCCAACUACUCUCAGGUCCAGAGCUGUGUCAGAGAACUCCAACGUCAAGUUCUACUGCGUGGUUACAGGAUAUCCUAUCCCUCAAGUCACUUGGUACAAGGAUGACAAGCAGCUGGACAGAUUGUGUGGACUCCCAAAAUAUGAAAUAUUUCGCAAUGGACAAAACCACUCCCUGCAUAUUUACAACUGCACUGUGGACGAUGCUGCCAUCUACCAGGCUUCAGCCAGUAACAGUAAAGGCAUCGUGUCCUGCGCUGGGGUUCUGGAAGUGGGUGUUAUGGGUGAGUUCGAGAUCCACCAGCGCUACUUUGCCAAGCUCAAGCAGAAAGCAGAGAACAGAAGCAAGGAAGCUGACGGCAAGGAGAACCAAGAGCCACUGCGGACCGUCAGCCCGGAACGCUGGCAGAGGAAGAGGCGCUCCACAAUGGAGGCCUUCCUGAGCACGCCCAGUUCCACAGAGGACGAGGGCAGCAACGAGGAGGGCGGACAAUCUGUGACUUUGGAGUCAGAGGUGAGGCUGGAGGGGCACACAGAGGGACUUGUGGAGGAAAAGACAAGGCCUGUGAUUUCUUCCAAAACAAAUGGUCAGGUCAAUCAGGAAAAUGGAAGUGUCGGUGGUAAGAGUCCUUUUGUCAAGAAGAAGAUUAGGAUUUCCAGCAGUUCAAAUAUGGAGCGAGCUGAGAGGACGUCUGAGGAGGAGAUGGAAGUGGAAAGUUACAUCCCUCCAAUCCUGUCUGACAAGGCAGAACGCGGGAAGUAUCCAAGCAAUGGAAGUUCGGAGGAUCUGGUUAGGCCUCCUCUGGAACUUUCCGAAGGAAGUGUAAGGAAAGAGAAGGCAAGUGACAUUAAAGCCAAAGAAAAAGUCUCAGAGAAGAAGACUCAAAGUCCUCACAUGACCUCCAGACUGAAAAGUGCACCUCCAAGCAGAGUUAUGGAGGACCUGAGAAGAACAAAGAAAGUUCCAAUCAUGGCUGUGAAGGCUGACACUUCCACACACGCAGAUCAUGGAUCAGUGCACCUGGUCUCUCCAAGCCAGACCGCUUUAACAGGGAAACCCCCCCAGAAGACUGCAGCUCAGUCCCCCAAAAAGGAAACAAAGCUGUCUCCGGGGAAUGCGUCUGUGCCGAGUGAGGUUACUCAAGCCCGCACUAGGACGAGGGGGAAUGUAGCACCUGUCAACCCAGAGCCUCCACCUGACCGGCGUUCGGUAGGCGUACAACCAAAACGGAAGGUUUCAGCCACAAUAAAAGACCGCCUGACAAAUUUUAUCACACCUACUGUUGAGCUAAAGCAGGACACAAGGCAUCAUUCCACUGGAUCAAAGAAAAGCCCUUUUGCACGUCCUCAGAAGACAGCCCUCAUUUCAUCUGCAGGCCAGAAAAGCCAGAAUGGCUUAGUUGUGAAAUCUGUACAAGGAAUAAAAGGUAAUGAGAAGGUAGAAGGAAAUGAUCUUAGCAAGUCAGUGGUGCUGGGUUUAACGUCUUCUUCAGGCAAGAUUCAACUAGCUGAAGACACCAGAGAUAAAGUAGACAAAGCCUCCAAUGUUUGUGUGUCGAAGGGAAAGAAGACCGAGUCUAGUUUAAAGCCUAAUACUGAAAUACAGACUAAUGAACCGACUAAAACUGAGACUGCUGCCCCAUGUUCUAGAGAACAUCCAAACUCACAUGAACAGCAACCCGAAGGCUUCCAAGAAAUCUCCAAACCUGUGACCAGAAUCGCAUCUGUCGCAGAGAUUUUAAGAGCCCAAAUUAGGGCGCUGGAGUUGGAGCUAGCAAGUCUGACAAAUGCUGACCCUGCUGAUUCGGUCAGACAUCCUGCAGUUGAAGACCAAAACAUAACAGAUUAUGGCAGCAAAUGUGAAUCUCAAGUUAAUACGUUAGAACCAGAAAGCCUUCUAGAAAGUAUUAUGGGUAGAACAUCUCUGAGAGAACAUUUUAUAAAACCAAAUAAUGACACCAAGAGUAACACUCAAGAUGCAAUUUCGACCAGUUUUCAAAAAGAUCCUAGUCCGUCUGUCCCCGCCCUGCUUGACAAAGAAGACAAUCAAGGUUUCUUGAACAUGCCCCAUGUAGGUUAUUUACCUUCUAUUCCAAUAAAUCUUAAAGAGGAGGCAACCCAAAAACCUGCAUUAAGAGCCACAGAUGAUGGGAAUGAAGAGAAAGAUAUGGGGCUCAAUAGAAAGAUAAUCACAGAAAUUAAACUCACCAAUGAAACUCGACACUUUUCCCAAACAGUUGUGGAUCAAGAAAAAAUAGAAGAUCCUAAUCCAACCAUUUGUUCACAAAGGGUGCAGAUGUUUGCCGAUAAAUGUGUCCUUGAUACAGUCACACAAGAAAAACUUUGUCCCCAAAAAAGCCAGUCACUGGUUAAAGACGUUCUUGGUAGUGCGCUUGUACGCAAUGCAAAUCCUGAAGCCAGUAUGGUAUUGAGGAAACGAGACUGUGACUCUCCUUCGCCUGCUGCCACCCCACAAGAGCAAGCUAAAGGGGCCCGCCGCAAAAUCCUUACCUCUAAGGCCUCGCUAGCAGAGCGCAAAGAGACUAAUUUACCACCUGAUCACCAACCUGAGAAACAAGAGAUGACUCUGCCAGACAACGUUUCCACAAUCCUGUCGUCUCCAGACUCUGCGGGGCAGUCACCUCUUCUCCAACCCAAAGACGAGAGGAUUUCUCCUGAGAAGAAGUUGCCACUGCUGUCUCUGCCAGACAGCAACGUCUCCACAAGUCCUGUGACUAUAUUGUCGUCUCCAGACUCUGCGCAACAGUCACCUCUUCUACAACCCAAAGACGAGAGGACUUCUCCUGUAGAGAAGAAGUCGCCACUGUUGUCUUUCCCAGACAGCAACGUUUCCGCAAGUCCUGCGACUAUCUUGUCGUCUCCAGACUCUGCGCAACAGUCACCUCUUCUACAACCCAAAGAUGAGAGGACUUCUCCUGUAGAGAAAAAGUCACCACUGCUGUCUUUGCCAGACAGCAACGUUUCCACAAGUCCUGUGACAAACCUGUCAUCUCCAGACUCUGCGGGGCAGUCACCUCUUCUACAACCCAAAGACGAGAGGACUUCUAAUGUGGAGAAGAAGUCACCACUGCUGUCGUUCCCAGACAGCAACGUUUCCGCAGGUCAGGUGACUAUACUGUCGUCUUUUGACUCUGCGCAACAGUCACGUCUUCUACAACCCAAAGAUGAGAGGACUUCUGUAGAGAAAAGGUCACCACUGCUGUCUUUGCCAGACAGCAACGUUUCCACAAGUCCUGUGACUAUCCUGUCGUCUCUAGACUCUGCGCAACAGUCACCUCUUCUACAACCCAAAGAUGAGAGGACUUCUGUAGAGAAAAGGUCACCACUGCUGUCUUUGCCAGACAACAACGUUUCCACAAGUCCUGUGACUAUCCUGUCAUCUCCAGACUCUGCGCAAGAGUCACCUCUUCUACAACCCAAAGAUGAGAGGACUUCUCCUGUAGAGAAAAAGUCGCCACUGCUGUCUCUGCCAGACAGCAACGUUUCUACAAGUCCUGUGACAAACCUGUCAUCUCCAGACUCUGCAGGGCAGUCACCUCUUCUACAACCCAAAGGCGAGAGGACUUCUCCUGUAGCGAAAAAGUCGCCACUGCUGUCUUUCCCAGACAACGUUUCCACAAGUCCUGUGACUAUCCUGUUGUUCCCAGACUCUGCGCAAAAGUCACCCCUUCUACAAGCCAAAGACGAGAGGACUUCUUCUGUAGAGAAGUCCCCACUGCUGUCUUUGCCAGACAGCAACGUUUACACAAGUCCUGUGACUAUCUUGUCGUCUCCAGACUCUGCGGAGCAGUCACCUCUUCUACAAACCAAAGACGAGAGGACUUCUUCUGUAAAGAAGUCCCCACUGCUGUCUUUGCCAGACAGCAACGUUUCCACAAGUCCUGUGACUAUUCUGUCGUCUCUUGAAUCUGCGCAACAGUCACCUCUUCUACAAGCCAAAAAUGAGAAGACUUCUCCUGUAGAGAAGUCGUCACUUAUGUCUUUGCCAGACAGCAACGUUUCCAGAAGUCCUGUGACAAUCCUUACAUCUCCAAACUCUGCGCUACAGUCACCUCUUGAACAGCCCAAAGUUGAGCAGACUUAUCCUUUAGAGAAGAAGUCGCCACUGCUGGCUAGGAAGAAGAUGACUACGGCAUUGAGCCAAACAUCCAAUGAGGAACUCCAAUGUGACAAAAGUGAGAAGCCCAAACCUGACCCAUGCAAAGCUCCUCAAGUUAUCCGUAAAAUCCGAAGUGAAAGGUUUGCGGACGCAUCGGGACACCUGAAACUGUGGUGCCAGUUCUUCAACAUCCUCAGCGACUCUACAAUUACUUGGCACAAGAACCAGGCAGAGAUUGCUCGGAUCAAGAGAAAUGAGGCGGACGAAAGUCAGGUCAAUCUGGCAGUCGUUCAAGUGUCAAGUAAAGACUCUGGUGUUUACAAAUGCACAAUUGCCAACGAUUACGGGAGCGACUCAACUGACUUUCUACUUGGUCCAGACAUUCUGCCUGGAAUUUCUCUGCGGGAGGACCCUGGAAUUGGAGAAGAAAUUGAAAUGACGCCACAGGUGUUCAGUAAGGGCGUGGCUGACUGUGGCAACUGGGGAAGCAAGUUUUUUGGCCGCGUAAUGGUUCAGAAACCCUGUAUCUCCGAAGGCUGCACCCACAAAGUAUGGAGGGCUAAGGUCAUUUAUGGCCUGGAGCCAUUGUUUGAGUCCGGAAACACAUGUAUCAUCAAAACCAGCCCCCAUGUUGCCUAUGGCGGCAGGGAGGAUCACAGCCUCAUAGACAGGAACAUGGACUUAGUCAAGCUGGAGUGUAAAAUUCAAAAUCUGGCUCGGGAAUACUGCAAAAUCUUCUCUGCAGAGGCGAGAGUUAUUGAAAACUUUGGACCCCUUCUUGAGGUAAUCCCAGUCCACUUGAUGUACCGGCCCGCCAACACGAUCCCCUACGCUACAGCGGAAGCUGACUUAACAGGAGUGUAUCAGAAAUAUGUCUUCCUGGACGACACAGGGAGGAUGGAGAGGAAAACUGCAUCCGAAGUGGAGCUUAAGUGUUGUGCUCUGCAGCAUUGGCUCUUUCAAUGGACCAACGGCAAUUUGCUAAUCACCAGGCUAGAAGGUGUCGACGCAAAGCUCACCAACAUUGGAAUGGCUGUCAGAUCCACAGGACAUCAAGGUCUGGCCAUUGAGGGCAAGCCUCGAGUGUUUGAGCAUUUUGUGUCGCGGCACCAGUGCAACUACUUCUGCGGGCUGCUGACCCUGAGGUCGCUGAAGCUUCUGGACUCACUCUCGGCGCCGCCUGCAAAGCCUAAAGGCUCCAGGAGUCCUUUACUGCAGCGCAAGAGUCAAGCUCCUGGCUCCUGCAGCCCCCAGGGCGGGAGAAAAGCAGGCAGCAGCCCCCUGCUGCCAAGGAAGGCCGAGCAAGACGAAAGAAAGACCCCCACUGGACAGAAGGUUGCAGAUGCUGCUGAAACUCAAAGUUGAAGUUUCUCUAAAACCACGCCGUUCUUUCACUCCCUGUUGUUUACUUCCAGCUUCCAAUACUUUUGUCCACAUAGUGUCAGUGUCAAUUCAGGGGUUUUUAUGUAUUGUUUAAAAUUUAAACAGUAAACAACUCAUUUUAGUCAAGUCAUUAGCAUAAAACAAGCAAGGUCACAUGAUAGGUCACAUGACACUGAUGUACAGCGACACACACACACACACACACACACACACACACACACGCACGCGCACACACACACAAACACACACACACACACACACUGUAUAUUCUAAUGCACACACACUCAUCGUUGUACAAUAAAACAAACGCUGCGUGGAAAGAGA